UCCCUUUUGGCGCUUUUGCUAUUUCAGUCCUGUUAAGCCAGACCAGGAAGAUGCAGGGGGUCUUAGAAGGCUGGACUGCUUUCCUAUGGGUAACAGCUAUGAUUGAAGCACUACAUGUUAUGGUGCCUGAGAAGAAACAAGUGGCCAUGCUCUUUCAGCCUGUUGUGCUUCAAUGCCACUUUUCAACUUCUUCUACACAACCAGCUGUGGUGCAAUGGAAAUUCAAAUCCUAUUGCCAGGAUCGCAUGGGAGAUGCUUUGGGAGUGGUCUCUGCAGGGAUACAGGCAGUAAACAAGAGGAAUCCAGAAUGGGAUCCCUAUGUGGACUGUGUGGACAGCAGGAGAACAGUUCGCAUUGUGGCUUCCAAACAGGGUCCUACAGUGACAAUUGGAGAAUUCUACAAGGGAAGAGAUGUCACCAUUGUCCACGAUGCAGAUCUCCACAUUGGAAAAUUAAUGUGGGGAGACAGUGGGCUGUACUACUGCCUCAUUAUCACACCUGAUGAUGUGGAGGGCAAAAAUGAAGAGUCAGUGGAGCUGCUUGUUCUGGGCAGGACAGGGCUGUUUGCUGAUCUUUUGCCCAGUUUUGCUGUGGAGAUUAUGCCAGAGUGGGUGUUCGUAGGAUUGGUGAUCCUAGGUGCCUUCCUCUUCUUUCUACUGGUUGGGAUCUGCUGGUGCCAGUGCUGUCCUCAUAGCUGCUGCUGUUAUGUCCGUUGCCCUUGCUGCCCAGAUACUUGCUGCUGUCCACGGGCAUUGUAUGAAGCGGGAAAGGCUGCAAAGGCUGGAUAUCCUCCAGCAGUAACAGCAAUCCCUGGACCUUACUACAUUCCCACUGGCCCUGUGGGUGGAGUCCACCCUCAUGCUGUCCUGAUGGACAAGUCACACCUUCCUCCCUUAGCACCAAGUGAAUCCAGCGCAGGAAGUCAAAGCGUGCGCAAAGGCUAUCGGAUCCAGGCUGACAAAGACAGAGAUUCUAUGAAGGUGUUAUAUUAUGUUGAGAAAGAAUUGGCUCAGUUUGACCCUGCCCGGAGGAUGCGAGAGAGAUACAAUAACACCAUAUCAGAGCUCAGUUCCCUACAUGAGGGAGAUGCCAGUUUCCGCCAGCCUUACCGCCAGGUGCGCAGAAAAGCUCUUCCUCCUUCAGGAGAUAUGGAUGGUGAUGCAGAAUACUGGGCAGGGGUCGUCAGCGGAGGUGGCACAUCCAGGCCUCAGACGUGCUCUGAUUAUAGGGAAGAGAGGGGCAGCUUCAGGUUCAGCCAACAGAGAUCAAAGUCAGAAAUGCUCUCAAGGAAAAGUUUCUCAAUGGGAGUGCCAGCUGUUUCCAUGGAUGAACUUGCAGCCUUUGCUGAGUCCUACAGUCAGCAUGUUCGCCGGACAGAGGGUAGUCAGGAACCCCGACAUUUUGAGAGAUCAGGAUCACGAGGAGCACGUGGAGGGCCAGUACAGCAGCUAGACAAGUCAGAUGAGUAUUAUGGCAAACGCAGGGGAGGAAACCGUGAGCCAUUGACAGAUUCAGAUCGGGGCUGGACCUAUAGCCCACCCAGGAGACGAAACCAUGAGGAAAAACUGCCUAGGCUAGUGUGUCGGACACCUGGAGGGAGUCAGAAGUAUGAUCACUCUUACCUCACCAAUGCCCUUGAGAGGAAAUCACAAAGCUAUGAUGAAGGUGGUGAGCAUAGUGAGACACCUUCUAAGCUUAGCUCACAAUCCAGCCAAAGAGGAGGAACAUACUAUGCUUGGUCACCACCAUCCACCUACAAAGCAGGGCAGAAGCAGCAGCAGCAGCAGCAGCAGCAAUCUCCACAACAAGAGGAAGAAGACUCUCUGCCACCAUACAGUGAGAUAGAAUUGGGCCGGGGGCCUUCAUACAGAAGCAGAGAACAAUCUAACCUCAAUGCCUCAGAUAAGAAGAGGAAAAAAGAACCCAAAAAACCAAAUGAGUUCCCAACAAGGAUGUCCCUUGUGGUGUGAUGUUACAGUAGAAGACUUGUGUUAAUGGACUGAGAAAGCAGAAGCAGUCAUAGUGUGAAGCCACACAAGCUUCAAUGAAUAUGUGCUGCCACCAGAUAUAUUCAGACUUCUCUGUUUCAUCAUGGGAAUUGAGGUCUUAUGUGGAGGCUAAUUCUAACCAAUUGCUCUCAUCCAGUUAACCCCUUAAAAGGGACAGCUCAUUCCACCAGGAAAUGAAACACAGCAAAUGUUCUUUGCCAAGCUCAUCCUUCAAUUUCUUUCCACAAAGGCCAUUGAUGGCCAGUUUCCUUUUAUUGACAAUAUUAGUGGAGCUACUUUUUUGUAUAAUAAGUAUUCCAUCUCCCACAUGUCAUUUUUUUCCUCUACUGCUUUGCAUCUUACAUAGGGCAGGAAGAGUUGCAACAGUUUUGGAGAUGGUCACAAUUUGCUGUCUUUCAUGUUGAGAGAAAGAAGGACUUCAUAUAAUGCUUAAAGGCUGAUUCAGAAUAAGAGUAAACUUUGCAAGAAAACCGUAAAUGGAAUUCUUCAUCCUUUGAAAAUGACCCAAAUUGAGACCUGGGCACUACGCUAAGAAGGUCAGGGUAGAAUCAACAUUGUGGACUUCUUUUUUUAAAUGUCCUGCUCAUUCUGUAAUGGGAGCUGCCAGUGAGAUUAAUGUUUUGUUUUGAAAGUGAAACUCAGUAGAUUUUGCUAUAAUGAGAAUGUGCCAUGUUAUUUCAUUGUUGUCUGAUAUGAUGUAUCAGCAUUGCCUUAUAGUUGAACUAUAGCCAUAAAAGGCUGCAGCUGGGACUGCUGAUUGGCCCUAUCAUAAGCAGAGCUCAAGCUCUGGUUCUGCUGAUGCUACUCUCUGGACAAUGACUAUAUCUUUUUAAAGCUAAUCAGUAUAAAACAACAGGGCUAGAAUGAGAAGAUCAGGGUGCAAGAGAAAAAAAAGCCAUUGUUUUUAUUCGUCUAUAAGGACCAAUAUUACUCUUUUCUGGCUGAAGCCAUUCAACAAGGCAAAAUAAAAUAAAAUCUGAAC